GAGAGCAAGGGCUACGACUUCGAGUCGGAGACGGACACGGAGAGCAUCGCCAAACUGGUCAAGUACAUGUACGACAACCGGGACAGCGACGACAUCAGCUUCACCACGCUGGUGGAGAGGGUCAUCCAGCAGCUGGAAGGUGCUUUCGCCCUCGUGUUCAAAAGCGUUCACUAUCCCGGUCAAGCGGUCGGUACCAGGCGCGGCAGCCCCCUGCUAAUCGGGGUGCGCAGCGAGCACAAGCUCUCCACCGACCACAUCCCAAUUCUCUACCGGACGGCUGUACAAUCUAUGGAUCGUUCUUAAAUAUCCAUAAAAAUGGAGGCAGGGAAAGACAAGAAGGGGAGUUGCAACCUGUCUCGUGUUGACAGUACCACCUGCCUCUUCCCCGUUGAGGAGAAAGCUGUGGAGUACUACUUUGCUUCUGACGCCAGCGCUGUCAUCGAGCACACCAACAGGGUGAUUUUCCUUGAAGAUGACGACGUAGCAGCUGUGGUCGACGGGCGUCUUUCCAUCCACCGGAUUAAACGCACAGCGGGCGAUCACCCUGGACGCGCCGUCCAAACGCUGCAGAUGGAACUUCAGCAGAUUAUGAAGGGUAACUUCAGCUCAUUUAUGCAGAAGGAGAUUUUUGAACAGCCAGAGUCUGUCGUGAAUACGAUGAGAGGAAGGGUCAACUUUGAUGACUACACCGUAAAUCUCGGUGGGUUGAAGGAUCACAUCAAGGAGAUUCAGAGGUGUCGUCGUUUAAUCCUUAUCGCUUGUGGGACGAGUUACCACGCUGGAGUUGCAACCCGUCAGGUUCUGGAAGAACUGACUGAAUUACCUGUUAUGGUUGAACUAGCCAGCGACUUCUUGGACAGGAACACCCCCGUCUUCAGAGACGAUGUUUGCUUUUUCAUCAGCCAGUCAGGUGAGACAGCAGAUACUCUGAUGGGCCUUCGGUACUGCAAGGAGAGAGGAGCCUUAACCGUCGGCAUAACGAACACGGUUGGCAGCUCCAUAUCACGGGAGACAGACUGCGGAGUCCAUAUCAAUGCGGGGCCAGAGAUCGGGGUCGCCAGUACCAAGGCCUACACCAGCCAGUUUGUCUCGUUGGUGAUGUUCGCUCUGAUGAUGUGCGAUGACAGAAUUUCUAUGCAGGAAAGGCGCAAGGAGAUCAUGCGUGGUCUGAAGGGACUGCCAGACUUGAUUAAAGAAGUGCUGAGCAUGGAUGAUGAGAUCCAGAAGCUGGCCACAGAGCUGUACCAUCAGAAGUCUGUUCUCAUCAUGGGACGUGGCUACCAUUAUGCCACGUGUCUUGAGGGAGCUCUGAAAAUCAAAGAAAUUACCUACAUGCACUCCGAGGGGAUUCUGGCGGGUGAGCUGAAGCACGGCCCUCUCGCCCUGGUAGACAAACUCAUGCCCGUUAUCAUGAUCAUCAUGAGAGACCACACCUACGCCAAGUGCCAGAACGCGCUCCAGCAGGUCAUCGCGCGGCAGGGGCGACCCGUCGUCAUCUGUGACAAGGAGGACAUCGAGACAAUUAAGAACAAUAAAAGAACGAUCAAAGUUCCCCAUUCGGUGGACUGUCUGCAGGGGAUCCUGAGCGUUAUCCCUCUCCAGCUCCUGGCUUUCCAUCUUGCAGUUCUCAGAGGAUAUGACGUUGAUUUUCCAAGAAAUCUGGCCAAGUCCGUAACUGUAGAGUGAAAGAUCAUCUGAAUCAUAGGGGCAAAGGGGGAUUCAAUGAAAGACUUUUUUUGGUACCAAAAUAAUUCGAUUUUAAAGUCCCCUAGGUAAAUCUUAUUUUGGUAAAUCAUUGUUUGUGUACAAGAUCAGCGUAAUUCCGUUACAUUAGUGAUUGUCCAGUUGAUUCCACGUGCUAUGUCGGUAGCUUUGGGUUUUUUUGAACACUAGACCUAUUCCAUGAAAGAUGUUAAAUGGUUUUCUUUAAGGAUUA